ACUGGAGCUGUUCAUUUUUCUAGUUCUGAAAAAUGUACAUCGAUUGAGUAUUCAGGGUACGCCUCCGGUUGUGUGUUUGGAGAUGAAGGACUGGCCAUCACAGUCAUGUCGGCAUUUAUGCAAGCGCUAUUGGUUUUCGGUGGUUUCUACAUUAACUUGCAUAGUGUGCCAAUGUGGAUGCGGCCAUUCUCAGCGCUCUCAUUUUUCAAGUACAGUUUCGAAGCCUUACAAAUCAACCAAUGGACGGAUAUCACCUACAUAAAAGGGUGCACUGGACUGCUCAGCCAUGGCAAUAACACAGUCUAUUGUCCGAGUGAAACUGGAAAAGUCAGUCUCGCUCUGAGACUAGCGCGACCAGGCCGAUUACGCGAUACA